CAGCAGAAGCGGGAGCGGCGGGAGCUGGCGGCGCGGCGGAGGCAGGGCGGAGACGGGCUGGACCGGAGCGACCGCAGUGGUGACAGAAUAAUUCACAAAUGCCUGGAAAUUCCUCGUUGGAUUCCCGUGUUUUAAACAGAGUUUUGUGAGCACCUUUCAUCUUUACUUGGAAAAGAAAGAUGUGGAAAGCCUCGGCCGGCCACACCGUGUCCAUCACCCAGGACGACGCGGGAGCCGACGACUGGGAAACCGACCCUGAUUUCGUGAAUGACGUAAGUGAAAAAGAGCAGCGAUGGGGGGCCAAAACCGUCCAGGGGUCUGGGCACCAGGAGCACAUCAACAUACACAAGCUGAGAGAGAAUGUGUUUCAAGAACACCAGACCCUCAAGGAGAAGGAGCUCGAAACGGGACCCAAAGCCUCACACGGCUACGGAGGGAAGUUUGGUGUGGAGCAGGACAGAAUGGACAGAUCAGCUGUCGGCCAUGAGUAUCAGUCGAAGCUUUCCAAGCACUGCUCGCAGGUCGACUCCGUCCGGGGGUUUGGAGGCAAGUUUGGUGUCCAGGUGGACAGAGUUGAUCAGUCUGCUGUGGGCUUUGAGUACCAGGGGAAAACUGAGAAACACGCCUCGCAGAAAGACUACUCGAGCGGUUUCGGUGGCAAGUACGGUGUGCAGUCUGACCGCGUGGACAAGAGCGCCGUGGGCUUCGACUAUCAGAGCAAGACGGAGAAGCACGAGUCGCAGAGAGAUUACUCCAGAGGUUUUGGUGGCAAGUAUGGUAUCGACAAGGACAAGGUGGAUAAGAGCGCGGUCGGCUUUGAGUAUCAAGGCAAAACCGAGAAGCACGAGUCCCAGAAAGACUACGUGAAAGGCUUUGGAGGGAAGUUCGGUGUGCAGACAGACAGACAGGACAAGUGUGCCCUUGGCUGGGAUCACCAGGAGAAGCUGCAUCUGCACGAAUCCCAAAAAGACUACUCCAGAGGCUUCGGUGGGAAAUACGGGGUGCAGAAGGACCGGAUGGAUAAGAACGCUUCCACCUUUGAGGACGUUGCCACGGUGGCCUCCACUUAUCAGAAGACUGUCCCUGUCGAAGCAGUGAGCAGCAAAACCAGUGACAUCAGAGCGAAUUUUGAAAACCUGGCGAGGGAAAAGGAGCACGAGGACAGGCGGCAGGCGGAGGCGGAGCGGGCGCAGAGGAUGGCGAGGCAGCAGCGCGAACAGCAGGCGGCGCGCAGGCAGCUGGACGAGCAAGCCCGGGCCCAGAAGCCCACACCCCCCGCGUCGCCCACGCCCCAGCCGGCCCACGAGAGGCUGCCUUCGAGCCCCGUCCGCGAGGUUGGUGCUUUUAUCCGCUUUGCCUAUGAGUCUCUGACGCCCUGGAGACGCCCUUCCCAGCUCAGCACCCCAUGGAUGGGGUCCCUCCCUGCGCUGCUCGGUGCCCCGAGGGCAGCCCUCCUGAGCGCGGGGGCCGCUCGCUGCCUCGGCUUCUCCGCCGGCCUUCUCACCCGCCCGCUGGCCCCGCUGCGCUCUCCUGAGUCAGCCUCCAAGGGUCAGCCGGUGCCCGGGUCUUUCCCUCACCCACUCCCUGCUGCCCUCGACCCGGACCACACCCCCUUCCAGGACCCUCGUCCCCGCCCGGCCGCCGCCCCGCGGCCCUCCUCCCUUGGCCUCUCUCAAGCACCAUGUUCUCCGGAGACUCUGUCCUUGGCCCUUCCUCCUCAGUCUUCAGUCCCCAGGACCUGCUCCUUUGACCCCUGGGUCACUGAGCCGCCUGCCCCCCUCCCCACGGCCGGGUCUCCACAGGCUCUGCGGGCCCCCUUCCCAGAGCAGCUCGGCCCCUGCCGUCCACACCCACCCCCGGCCCAGCCCGAGUCCCCUCUGUCCCACUGUCCCUUUCACCUGGACGUCACCACUUAGAGCUCACUGAGUCACAAGGGACUGAAACUGGCUCAGCUCGGCUGGGGCCUAAAGGGGCUGAGGGUGUGGGAGCACCGUGGGCAGGCCUGGGCCUCGGGGUGGUCCGUAGGCUCACCCCUCUGCCUGGCGGGUGUGGCAGGUAUGGCGGGUGCGGUCUUAGGAUCUGUAACCCCGUGCAAAGGGGGCCCCUGUGCAUCCGCCCAUCGGGGCCCACUGCUGGGCCCGUCACUAGCGGCUGGUCCUUUGAGAAGGCUGGAAUGACACGUUGUCCUGGGUGGGGCAGGGAGCCCUGCCCAACCACGUGACGGGUGGGGGGUGCUGCUGCGGGAAGAUAGGAGGUUAGGGUGUUGCUGGCGGCUGUGUGCAGUGUCCCUGCAGCACCGUCUGGCCCCUCACCCUCCGGUCUGUUCCCUUCACCUCCAGGGGCAAUUGCUAGUAGGAGUCCGUCACCUCUUUGUUUAGCCCUGGAGUGGGGCCCGGUGCCCGGCCCAGGUGGAACCCUGCCCUGUGGCCUCUGGAGUAGCGCUCGCGGCCUGCCGCACCCCUCUGUCACCCUCUGUGGGAAGCCGAGGCCUGACCACCGGCUCUCCCUGGGGCUCUCCGUGUGCACCUUCCUUUUCUGACCCGCGAGGGUGCCCUCAGGUGGACCCUGGUCGGAAACGCCGGUUGAAGCCGCUGUUGGUGGUGGAUGGUUGGGAACUGGGGUCGCGGCGCAGGUGGCUGUCAGCAGAGCGCUCUUGAUGUCCUCUUGCAUGGGACUUGUUGGUCACUUCCUCGCCUCACCUCCACGGAGGGUUCGGUGAGGAUGGAACCCGCCACCCGCAGGCUCAGAUGCCCUAGCCAGUGGGAUGGGGUGAUGCCGUGGAGCUGCCGGCAGAGGCCCAGGAGGGCUGGGACCCAAAGAGGAAACGGGCCAGACCUGCCCCAGGAAAGUGGGGCUCUCGCAGCUGGCAGGUCUUUGGUGAUGGCAGGACUCCCCUAUCGGGGGUGUGAAGACGGGCUUGUGAAGGGGAGCCUGGCUCUCGGCACUGCGGGACCCGUUAGGGCCCAGGUGUCUGCGGGGUGUGAGCAGGUGACGCCUCCCCGUGUCUGUCUCGUCUCAGCCGGGGCUGAGAGUGGUCCGCGUGUCUCUCUUGGCCGUGUGGCCGUGGCCGUGACACGGCACGGGCCACGGGAACCGUCUCCUUGACUCU